UCGCCUUAAGGGCCCAUCGAUAACUCUACGCUCGGCCGCAGCCUCUAUCGAUUCGCUCUCGCUCCGCUCGCCGUCCUGAGGCGCGGCGGAGCGCAGAGCCGCGUGUAAGAUGCUCUGAGCUUUGACCCCCGCCUUUCAGAAGUGCGUACUGUGCGGGCGAUUCUUCUUCCACACCAUGAACACGUCCCCUGGCACAGUGGGCAGUGACCCGGUGAUCUUGGCCACUGCGGGCUAUGACCACACGGUGCGGUUCUGGCAGGCCCACAGUGGGAUCUGCACGCGCACGGUUCAGCAUCAGGACUCUCAGGUGAACGCCCUGGAGAUCACGCCUGACCGCAGCAUGAUCGCCGCUGCAGGCUACCAGCACAUUCGCAUGUAUGAUCUCAGCUCCAACAAUCCGAACCCCAUCAUCAGCUACGACGGGGUCAAUAAGAACAUCGCAUCUGUGGGCUUCCAUGAGGACGGCCGCUGGAUGUACACGGGGGGGGAGGACUGCACAGCGCGGAUCUGGGACCUCAGGUCUCGGAACCUGCAGUGCCAGCGGAUCUUCCAGGUGAAUGCACCCAUUAAUUGCGUGUGCCUGCACCCCAACCAGGCGGAGCUCAUUGUGGGGGACCAGAGUGGUGCCAUCCACAUCUGGGACUUGAAAACGGACCACAACGAGCAGCUGAUACCUGAGCCUGAGGUCUCCAUCACGUCCGCCCACAUUGACCCUGACGCCAGCUACAUGGCAGCCGUCAACAGCACCGGGAAUUGCUACGUCUGGAACCUGACUGGGGGCAUUGGUGACGAGGUGACACAGCUCAUCCCCAAGACCAAGAUCCCAGCGCACACCCGCUAUGCCCUGCAGUGCCGCUUCAGCCCUGAUUCUACGCUUCUGGCCACGUGCUCAGCCGACCAGACGUGCAAGAUCUGGAGGACGUCCAACUUCUCCCUAAUGACGGAGCUCAGCAUCAAGAGCGGCAACCCGGGGGAGUCCUCGCGCGGCUGGAUGUGGGGCUGUGCCUUCUCGGGGGACUCGCAGUACAUCGUCACCGCUUCGUCUGACAACCUGGCCCGGCUCUGGUGUGUGGAGACAGGAGAGAUCAAGAGAGAGUAUGGUGGCCACCAGAAAGCUGUCGUCUGCUUGGCCUUCAACGACAGCGUGCUGGGCUAGCCCGUGGCCCCCUGGAUUGUAGGCGGCUGUCCAGGGAACACCUGUGGACUAGAUGUGCUCAGCUGCCCAGGCCAGUGUGAACCCCUCACCCUCGAGCCCGCUGGACCCCGCGGCUGGCUGUGACUGGCCAGGCCAGCAUGCCCUGGGGUUCUCUUAGCUCCCAUUGCUUCUGUGGGUGUGACGAGGCCCAGAAGCCUAGCCAGCCUUCACUUGCUUCCAAAAUUCCAGAUCCACAGGGCCCACAGGGUCCCAGGCUGGGGCCCAACCCCAAGCCCGUGCUCUCUCUGCCCUGCCCAUUUUGUGUCCUGAGGCCCCAGAGAACAGUGUCACGGCCAGGUGGAGCAUUUAUUAAUUCCUGCCCGCAGCCACCCUCCAUGACCUGCGACGAGGUCGGCCUGGGGGGCUGGCCGGGUGCGGCACUUAGUCUGGGAGGUAAUAAAAGCAGACAGACACGCAGAUGUUGCUGGGGAAACAGAUGUCGAUGCACAGGUAGAUGAGCCGCUGCCUCUGGGGCCCUGGGGGGAGGGGCCUGCGUGAGCCCCACGCAGCUCCAACCCCUUCCGCCCGGGCCCCACAACAGCUCCUGACUUACCCUCUGCUCGGCGGGCCCAGUAAAUGGGCGUCUUGCUGCAAAGAUACCGCACAGAGUCGCCCACCUGGGCAGGGUCCACCUCGCGGCUCCCCAGCACUGCUAGCAGCUCCUGGGCGUAAUGGGUGUCCUGGCUGGGGCCAGGGGGCCCGUGGCCCUGCAGACGAGGCUCUGGUGGGCCAGGGCGUGGGGGUACCGGUGCUCCCCCAGGCUGGGGCCAUGCCUGUGAGUCCCUGGGCAUUUGGCCUGGGGCCAACACCAUCCUCAGCUCUUGUCAGCGGCCUCGGCAAAGAGAAGACAGGCCUUCUGUUCCCUGAAACCAGAGCUCCAGCCUGCCCCAGGCCUGGGCUGUACACAGGACCCUUUGUCUGCCCCCUGGCCUGGGGAGCCUGGCCGCAUGGGGCUGCUUACCCUGGACGUGUUCACCAGCAGCUGUAGGGUCUCACGGUCUCGGGGCUCCAUUGGGCAGAGGAAGCAGGCCGGGUGUUCCGAGGGGCGGUAACAGACGCAGCCCUAGGGAGGCAGGCGGGUGAGGCAGGGCCACCUGAGCCUCUGCGGGUGCUGACCGCUCCCCCAUCCCACUCACGCUCUGCCCGUCGAACAGCACUGCCCAGCUGCGGUUGCUCUGAGCCGAGGUCACCUGGAUGGUUGCCACAUUUCGGGCCGCAUCCACCUGUGCAGUUUGGUUGGACCGGGGUGCCCCAGGGCUUGGGGGGGUCAGACGGAGCAUCUGCAGCAGAGGCUGAGAUGGGGGAGCCAGAGCUCACUGGUCAGGCUGGGGCAGCCCCCGACACCACCUCCCCCCACCCCCCCACCUCCCAGUGUUCCAGCCACUGCUCUGAGUCCUGGCUCCACUGGAGGGCCGGGAGGUCCUGGCCUUUUCUUCCCUUUCCCACUGUCUGUGCCCCAGGCCAGGUUCCCGGGAGGAGAGCACCUUGGGGGGACUGUGAGCAAAGCCAAGAAGUCCUCCGGCCACAGCCCCAGCAGUGGCCAGUGCCAGCAGCAGCAGCAGCAGCAGGCCGGGGCUCCUCCAGCCCGCAGGGCAGGCCUUGGCCUUCACCUGGGGGCACACUGCAGUCUGUGGGGCCUGGAACAGAGACUGGAGAGCAGGCUGGGUCAGGAAGGCAGGGGCUGAGGUGCAUGAGGUAGGUCCUGCGCUCCCAUCCCCUACCCAGGGCAUGCCCAGGGUCUCCCGUCCUAGAGGGCACUGGGUGGUUGCAGGCACUCACCUGGACAAGCCCAGGCCCGGGGCUCUCACCGCAGCGCCUCUGCUCCAUGGCACAGCCCUGGUGACAAUGCGGGAUUGUCUGCCGCCCCUUGGAGUCAGCUAGGGAAACCUUAGUACAGCCGUGAUGAGCCAAGCCACCGUCCCGGCCCCCUCCUCUCCUGGAGCCAGGACAGCUCCCCCUGCUUGGGGUGGAGGGUGUUUGUCAUGGUGCCUGGCUCUCUGGACACCCGGCCUGUGCAGACUGGAGAGUGCGGGGCCCCAAGAGGGUGAAGAGCGCCACCAGCGGUCAAGGAAAUCAAGUCCCAUGGAUUGGCACGAAGGGCAGCCCAGGUCCAGGAAGGACAACUUUAGAGUCUGGCUGGGGACAGACUGCAUUUUUCUAACCAGUGUCUCAGGUUAUUCCUGGAUUCCCAGGGCUCAGGCCGUCAAUAAACGUGUUCCACGAAUGCUG